AUGGUUGGUCACAUUCAAGUUUCAAACAUGGCAGACUACGUUUCGACAAAUAAUGUCGAAAAUAGUGUUAAAAAUGGUUUUAAAGACGAUAACAAUAUACACAAUUCAAAAAAAUCUGUUCGAGUGUGGUGCGAUGGAUGUUAUGAUAUGGUACACUUUGGUCAUGCCAAUUCGUUAAGACAAGCCAAAGCUUUAGGAGAUUACCUUGUUGUCGGUGUUCAUAACGAUGAAGAAAUUAUUAAACACAAAGGCCCGCCAGUUUUCACUCAGAAAGAACGUUAUAAAAUGGUACAAGCUAUUAAAUGGGUUGAUGAGGUAGUUGAAGGUGCACCCUAUGUUACUACUUUAGAAACAUUAGAUAAAUAUAAAUGUGACUUUUGUGUUCACGGUGAUGAUAUUACCACAACAGCCGAUGGUGUCGAUUCUUAUCAUCUCGUUAAAAAAGCUAAUAGAUACAAAGAGGUUAAAAGAACUGCUGGCAUUUCUUCCUCAGAUUUAGUAGGUAGGAUGUUGUUACUUACGAGGCAACAUUUUUACCAAGGGUCCAAGGAGUAUCAAAAUGGGUGGGCACAAGAUUUAAUAAAAUUAAAUUCUAAAUUUGUGGUUAAGGUAUGCCCGGAAAAUUCAUUUAAUCUCGGUUUGGAUUCCUCUGCAAGAAGUCCAUGGACGGGUUGUUCUCAAUUUUUACCAACCACACAAGAAAUUAAUCAGUUCAGCGAAGGGAAAGAACCAAAACCCGGAGAUAAAGUAGUGUACGUUGCUGGAGCUUUUGAUCUCUUUCACGUCGGUCAUUUAGAUUUUAUUGAAAAAGCUCGGGGUUUAGGUGACUUUUUAAUCGUCGGAUUACACACGGAUCCGGUUGUCAAUUUAUACAAAGGAAGCAACUAUCCAAUUAUGAAUUUACACGAGCGAGUAUUGAGCGUAUUGGCUUUCAAGUACGUAUCGGAAGUCGUGAUCGGGGCUCCCUAUUCCGUUACGAGGAAUUUAAUGGAACAUUUCAACGUCGACAUUGUAUGUCACGGUAAUACUCAAAUAAUGCCAGACGUCGAUGGAAGGGAUCCGUAUUUGGUACCUAAACAAAUGGGUAAAUUUGUUUUGAUCGAUUCCGGAAAUGACAUGACGACGGAAAAAAUAGUUAAACGGAUUAUAAUGAACAGAUUGGAGUACGAACAGAGGAACGAGAAAAAGGAAAAGAGAGAAAUAAAAUUAUACGAAGAAUAUAAAAAAGCAAGGGAAGGAAUGAAAGUUUCCGAAUCGAGUAGUACCCCAACGAGUAGUAACCAACUAAAAAUGAAGAACGAAUGA